UCAGGAAUUACUGGUCUUACCACAGCAAUCGCGCUUCGCAAACUUCCAAAUGUUGAUGUGCAGGUUUAUGAGCGAGCGACACAACUUCGUGAGCUGGGUCAAGCUAUUGCUAUCAAUCCCAAUGGCCUUCGCACGCUCGAGAAACUGGGAUUGCAUAAAGUGCUGUCAGAUGAUGUGGGUUAUAGGUGUCCAAGUGGUAUACCACAAACAUUCAGACAUUGGAAGACGAAUGAGAUACUGGGAAGGGAACAACACACGGGAAACGUCGAAGAAAAGCACAAAAUGACUAGGUUCUAUCGUCCACACCUACAGGAGACAAUACUGGACUACCUACCCCGAGAGAUCAUACACAUGAAUAAGCGUGUUGUCGGUGUCAAUAUUCAAGGUGAAGGUGUUGAUGUCGAAUUCGAGGAUGCCACAACCAUAAAUGCAGAUCUCCUAGUGGGUGCAGAUGGUAUCCGCUCAGCUGUCCGUGGAUUCUUUGUCCCAGACUUUGAACUCAAAUGGUCUGGAUUGAUUGCUUAUCGCACUGCUUUUGAUGUUAAACUGCUUGAUCAUGUCAAAGAUUUGCCGGAAGAUACCACACAAUGGUGGUCCUCUCAAGACGGCAUUCUAGGAACCAAGAUGGGAAGAGGCAAGUACGGCAUAGUAGCUUUCCACAAUGCCAACCCUUCUACGGAUCAACACCUGCUGGAAAACAUACACUGGGACGUAACUACAAAUACUGCCACGCUCAGAGACAUGUACAAAGACUUCCAUCCAGUCGUGAGGGAUAUCGUCGCAGCUGCACCUCACGUACGCACCUAUCCAAACUUAUAUGGCGGUUUCUUGGAUACUUAUGAGUUUGGUGGUCGAGUAGUGCUUGUAGGCGAUGCAGCACAUUCCCAUGGAGGAGCACUGGCUGCAAAUGCCUCUCUUGGGAUUGACGAUGCUUACUGUCUCUACCUGUCUCUUCUCAAAAGGGUAUCUACAGAUGAAAGAUUGAACUUGGGAGCAGAAGAGUUGCAGCAGAGCUUGAGACUGUACGAUGCUGUACGCAGACCGCAUUGUGAGAAAGUCUUGAAAGUGGUACAUGGGAUAUAUGCUAUGACCAAUGCGCGAUUAUGGGGUGUAGGAGAAGGGGAAACGGAUGAGCAGCUCAGAGAGAAGCUGAGGACGCGGCCGUAUGCCGAGUGGAUUCAUGAACAUGAUGUAGAAGCUGCGUUUAGAGCAUGUACUUGA